GCGGAACUCUGUCUCCAAAAAAAAAAAAAAAAAAAAAAAGAAGAAGGACUUUUUUUUUUUUUUAGAUCAUCAGCUAUUGUUAUUGUUAGUGUAUGUUAUGUGUGGCCCAAGACAACUUUGCUUCUUUAAUAUAGCCAGGGAAGCCAAAAGAUUGGAUAUCCCUGCUUUAUACCAAGAAAGAUGACACCCCACAUUUGCAAUGCCUAAAAGCACUACCAGCCAUCCGAAAAACAUGAGACUUCUAACUUCUGUUCUUUUUUGUAGCAGUGGAAUCCCACGGUGAUAUCUGAUGGAUGUGGUUACCUUUUGGAGGAGGUUGACAGUUUCUAAGGAUGAUUCUUUCUGAGUGAAAUGUUGUCAGUGUCAUUGACCUUUUCAUUAUUUCAACUAUUAUUAUUCCAGGUUAUCCAUUCUCUGCAUGACCAUUUUCAUCCUGGGACUGACUUUUGUGGAAUUCCGUGGAUACUUAUCAUUAUUGUGUUUCUGGGAAUUUCUACACUUGCCAUUUUCCUCUGGAAAACUAAUCUUUGUGUGUCUUUCCUGAAGACUGUCUUAAAGUCACGAAAUGUACAUGACAGAUCCACGGAUGUACAUCGGAGAGCCUGGAGGUCCAAUAGCCAUAGCCAGGAAGGGCAAAGGUCCACUCGUAUGCACACAAAGAAAAGGGUUUCUUCUUUUCCGGGAAUUAAAAUUGGCAUGGAAGACCUCUAUACUUCACGGAGAUAUAUGGAAGCCAAAGUUCGAACUGAAGUCCAUAAGGUGAUGACGAAGGUCAACAGUCAUUACAAAAUCAAUGGACAGAGGAAGACUCCCAAGGAAGAGAAGCUAAGAAUGAAAGAAUGUGAGCAAGCAGAAAAGGACAGGCAGCUAUCAGAGGCAGAGGAAAAUGGGAAAUCGAUUAUGAAAGAAAUAGACACCUACAUGAAAUUGUUUCACGCUGCGGAAAGGUUGCGGCGGCGGGCAGAGGACUACUACAGACGCAAAAUCGCCCCUUCUGCAAGAAAGCCUCAUGCCAACUGGCUCUGUGCUCAAGCCUUGCAGAGGAAGAUGGCAGAGAGGAAGGCUGCCUCCAAGCAGCAAAGGUGUGAAAUGAGGGAAAAGCAGAGAGUGCCAGAGAGACACAUGAGUCGGGAGCCAGUCCAGGGACAACCGGGCCUAGAGAACCCUUUCUGGAGGGCAGAUUCAGGACUUCAUUCGGUUCCCAUGAGGAACAGCAGCUGCAUCCCAGCUGAAAACAGAGAGAAGACAAAGCUGAUCAUCAUUGGUGGCACCUCCAGAAUCCAUAAAAGCUCAGGGGCAGGGGCUGAAGGGCUUUUACUGUUCUGUUUCCAGAAAUAA